UACACAUUAUUAUUAUUAUUAUUAUUAUUAAAAUUAUUCCUCUCACAUAUACCAAACUUAGGAUUGAAUAAUAAUUUCCUAUCUUCAUGAAAAUCAUUCUACCUUGCUCAUAAAGGCAUGAAGCAACCUCAACAUAAUCCUAUCUCUUUAGUCUCUCUUAUAUGAUGAUAUACCUAGCUAUAUAGUCUAUGCUUUGAGACAUACAUUACAAAUUAAAUUAUAACUAUACACUAAAACUUUUGGGGUUUGGAAGAAAAAUAUGAGAAAAAAUAAUAUGGAAAGAUUAGUAGUUCUUCCAUUCUCAUUUGGAUGUGCUUCUCAUUCAAGUGUUCAAUUAGGUGCACCCAAAAGACCAAAAGCUGAUGAUUCAAAAGGCACUAUUAUUGUUUCAAGAAGAAAAGAAGGAGAAGAUCAUUGUCAAAGAUCAUCAAAGAUCAAAGGGAAGAUGAUGAUGAAGAGACUCAAACCUUCUUCUGGGUUUCUAGUUCUACCAAAGCCUAAUGUUGCUGCUGGAAUUCAGAGAUUAAUCCGAGGCAUCAAGAGUUUGUCUCAAUUAUUUUUUUAUAAAGAGGAUGUUAUUGAGGAGGAGGAGCCUGAGAUGGAAAUAGGUUAUCCAACAGAUGUGAAGCAUGUGACACAUAUUGGACUUGAUGGAUCAACAACCACAAUUAAUAAUAAUAACAAUAAUAAUAAUAAUAAUAAUAAUAAUGUGAAGAGUUGGGACAAUAAUAAUCCUCCUAAUGCACCUGAGUUCCUGUGUUUGUCUCCAAUUUCAGUUAAGCAAUUUGAGUUGGCCAUGAAUGCCCAAGCUCAUCAACAAUCUCUUCUUAAUAAUCAUCCUUCCUCAAAUAAUUGUGAUUGAAAAACUUCUUUAAUUUGUUGGAAGGUUUUAUUGAUUGGCAAUUUCCAAGUGUUUAUUUUUCUUCUCUAAUUGUAGAUUAAUGAUAUGAUUAUUAUUAAAGGUUAAGUUUGGUUUCUAGGAGUUUAAUUACUUACAAGUAUAUAUAUGCACAAAAUGGUGAAGAUUCAUCAAUAUUUGUAAUC